ACAAACAAAACCUGAAAAUGCUUAUUCUACAUUUUGUAUUAUGGUUAACUUUACAAAGUCUUUGCCUGGCCCAGUAUCACUAUCAUAUUAACUGCCCAAAGAAUAAUCCUCCCGAGUUUAAGUUUCCUUCGGAAUACAAGGAACUGCAAAGAGUUUACGAAUGGAAGAAUCUUGAAUAUGGUUUUCCGAGUGAAAAAGAACGUCAGGAGGUACUGCGAAAUGGUCGCUAUAAUCCGGGCAGUCCCAUACCCAUCGAUAUUGAUGUAUAUUAUCCACCUAAUGGCGCCCGACCUCGUCUCUUUGUGACAUCACCACGCUUUGGUCAAGGUGUUCCCUAUUCCUUGGCCUAUAUCACAGAUGUCCAGGGGGAGAAUGGUACAGUGCUUCAGGCCUAUCCCAGCUACGAAUGGCACAGCAGCCAUGGCGGCAACUGCGAUGGCCUUACCUCCGUCUAUCGGGUUCACAUCGAUGCCUGUGGACAGAUGUGGAUAUUGGACAGCGGAGAAAUCGAGUUUGUGCAGCACUGUGCACCCCAGGUGGUGGUCAUUGAUUUGGCCACCAAUCAGUUGAUCCAUCGCUACCGUCUGCCAGAAACCUCAUACAAGGCGAAGGUUAGCCGGUUUGUCAACAUAUUCGCGGAUAUACGGGAUCCGCCGCCAGGAGGUCAGUGCAAGGAUGUGUUUGCUUACCUGGCCGAUCCCACCAGCAAGGCCAUUGUGGUGUACGAUGUGACGGGUCAGCAGUCGUGGCGCAUUGAGAACAAGUUCACCUAUCCAGAUGCCAGAUUUGGGACCCAUACGGUGGCAGGUGAGAGCUUCGAGCUGCUCGAUGGACCCCUGGCCUUGUCGGUGACUCCUCUGGGAUUGGGACUACGACGCCACUUGGUUUUUCAUGCCCUCUCCAAUGACCUUGAGGUGGCCAUUCCCCUGGAUGUGCUCAAUAAUGCCACGAAUUGGAGGGCUGGCCUCAGUGCCUCUCUAUCCGAGUUCGUGACUCUGGGCAGGCGGGGAGUUCAGUGUGCUUCGCAUGUCAUUAGCCGGCAGGGAUUCUUGUUUUGCGGCUUCCUGGAACCCAUCGGCAUCUUUGGCUGGGACAUACGCAGGCCCUACACACGCGAAAAUGUCCGGUUGUUGGCCUUAAAUCCGGAUACCCUGCAGUUUGUGAGCGGCAUGAAGAUCGUACGAAGGCCCAGCGAUGGGCGUGAGGAACUCUGGCUGCUCUCGGAUCGCCUGCAGAAGAUAUUUGCCGGAACCAUUGACUAUACCGAGAUCAAUUAUCGAGUUUUACGCUGCGACGUUGACGACCUGCUGCAGGGGCGGGGCUGCUUUUAGAACCGAUAUCCGAGAGUCUAUAAAGACUAGACCAGAGACCCUCGAGAACUGAGAGGCUGGCUGGGGCAGUGCAAACACCAUUUAAGCGGCCAUAAAAGAUGUCCAUCCAUAAAUCUUUGAACUAUUCGAAAGUGUUUGUUUGGUCGCCACAGGUACACGACCUUUGCCUAAGAGCCCGAUGGUCAAUUACACUCGGAGAAAUGGUUAGGCUUUGCAAUCGAGUAGAAUAAAGUAAAUUUAAGAUAUUGA